AGGUGAUGAGGGAUGGUGAGUCCUAUGUUGCUCAUAACCUGUGAAAUGUUGAUAGACUCCUUAGUGUGCGAUAAUACGUGGUUUACAAUAAAGAGUGAGGUUAUUCACUAUCUACUCGUGAUUGUGGAUUGUCCUCACACUCGUACGUACUGGUACCCUACUCGUCGUACGUAUUGCCAUAGAUUUUUGACAGAUUUCAUUCAUCACCACCAUGCUAUCCACCAAAAUUGCCGUCGACCUUUCUUUUGCACUCUGUCCAACUACAAUAUACAUACAAUGGACCCCAAAACGCUAAUACAGCAGCAGCGGGCUACCCAGUCUGCGAAAACUAAUGACGACGAUGGCAAAAAACAACAGACAGAUCUUCAUCAGUGUGGCAGCUGCAAACGAAUGCUUGGUAGGCACCGGUUCCAGAAAAAGAUCUUUCGAAAAUUCAUGGAAAGCGGCGGCAGAGCUGGAAGCAAUGGAAACAGCCUGGUCUGCCACCAGUGCGUUCGAGAAGAAACUGCCAGGCGCUGCAAGCAAGCCCCGCCGAGGGCCCUGAAGCACCACUCCUCCGUCGCGGAGAGCGGGACAAAGCGGCGGCCGAACAAUUUCGGAUAUUGCGACUACGUCGACAAGCUCCUCCGGAUGGACUGUUUCGCGUCCGAGAUUGCCCCCCUGCGGGUCUUUCGGUCUGCCAAGGAUGUCUCGGAGUCGAUGGCCGCGUUGCAGGCGAUCCUCAACCACGGGAGCGUGGUCACGGCCGAAGAUGAGGGAAACGUCCGAAACGACGGCGGUGUCCUGUGCCUUUGCAUUGGGGACGGAUGCACCCCGCAAACGGCCCUGUUAAUCUCCUUCCUGACCAAGGAAACCGAGCGCUGGGUGUGCGUUUCCAUUGAUCCGGCCCUGUCGGAAGAAUGGAGAGGAGAGGCUCCCAAAGGGGUGAAGGGUCUCUAUGGGUACAAGGGAAAACUCGACGAGUUUCUCGCCGAUCCCAACCGCCCACCGAUGGCCGUAGAUGCGACGAAUGCAACAGAAUGCAAAACAAAGUCCUCAUCACAGACUUUCGAUAGCAUUUCUUGGAGACAUCUCGUGCUGGUCUGCGUGCAUUCUCAUGCAAGGUUUGUGGAGGAUGCCUCAAUCGAGCGAAUCCGAUGGCUCUAUUCCUCCCGAUCCCWGGUCACGACAUCCAAUAMACAUCAUCCAUUGACAAAACAACCAGARGAUCAAAWAAAMUCUCAGUCUAGGCRCAGGAUUCCUCCUACUACCAUCGUAUCACUUCCAUGCUGCCCGACCUUUCGACACGUCCGAGACAUCGGCCGACCACCGGACGUCAAAUACGAUGACGACUGUGUCUUCUCGGCAUGCCGGUCCGUCGAGGUCUGGAAUUUUUUGGAAGAAGAACUGGACGAAAAUACGACCGGUUUGUGGUUGGGAGAUAAGGCCGCGAUGAGCUGUUGCACCGUCAUUCCGUGAUGAAAAAAAAUCGAAGGAAGCGGUUUUAACGAACAGCGCGUUCGCAGCAAAACCGUUGAGGGACGACAAUACACUCAAGAUGCAAAAAAAAGUGAAUACUUCAUG